CCCCUUUCUUUCUUUCUGUUUUUUUCUCCCUCUCUUCUCGUUACUGUGUAAAGCGCCAGUGUCAUUUUCACUAUGGCGAAGGCGUAAACAACGGAGAGGAAAAAAACAACGUUUUCCUCAGAUUUUAAUCAAUCCAGAGCUCCUGUAUUUAUCUUCCUUUCUUCUCGAGAAAAACGUAAAUGGCGCUGAAGAAGAAAAUCCCUCAGCUGGAAUUAAAGCGUUAAAGAAAACGGCUGGGUUUCAGAGAGAUAGAGAGAGAAGAAAAAGAGAGAUAGAGAGAGAGAGAUGGAGUCCAGAGCAUUACAUUUACACCGAAACCCGUUAGAUUAAGUUACACCUUCAGUCUUUAUUCUGGAAGUGAGUAUUAUUCCUGCUGGGAAAAUGUUGACCGGAUCCAAAACCACCUUUAAAGUGAGACAGAUGCCAGACCUGAAGGACAGGAUAAUGACCCAGAGCAGCCUUCACGCUCGAGGCAGAGACAUGUUCGGUCUGUGCUGUUUACCAGGCGAGUGCGUCCUCCAGAGAGCCGUUCUGGUGAGGAAGAAGCUCUCGCCUAAAGAAGGAGGAGGCUGGCUCUCAGGAACUCUGUUCUGCACACAUUUCCGUGUGGCCUUCGUGCCUCAGGACAGCGCCAGACCAGACGACAAUGCCGAUCCAGUGCUGCUCGGAGACCAUGAUGUCGCUCUGGCAUCCAUCGAGAAGGUCGUGGCCGUGGGACCGUCCCGAACCAAACUGGUGACCCCUAACUCCUCUCUGAAGUUCACUCCUGAGGAACUGGUGCUGUACUGCAGAGACCUGCGAGUCCUCUGCUUCCUGUUUGACAGACUGACCCCUGACGCUCAGGCUGUGGAGAUUACGUACACCAUCGCCAAGACGUACCAGCCUCUGAAACCCGGUACCAUCCUGUCCUUCCAGAACGCGGCGCUUGGGAGCAUCGAAAUGAAACAGUUCUUGAGCAACCGGAGGCGUGACCCGAGCAUGAACUGGUACGAGAGUGCGGCAGACUGGGAGCAGGAACUGGAGCGGACCGGAGCCACUGGCUGGAGGGUCAGCGCCGUCAACGACCGCUUCGAAAUGUCCACCAGUCUGUCCAGGUUUAACGUGGUUCCUCAGAAGGUCCUGGACACAGAGCUGAAGAAAACAUUCGCACAUUUUAAUGAGGGUCGCAUCCCGCGCUGGUGUUGGAGGCAUCCACGUGGCAGUGACCUGCUCCGUAUGGCCAGCUUUCAAAACAACAUCUACCACGAGAAGGACGAUAUCCGGAACUUGGAGCUGAUCCUGUUUGGCGGUCAGACGCAGUGUGUGGUGGUGGACCUCGGGGAUGAGAUGCCUUCUCCUGCAGACGUCCAGCUCGCACACACACGACUGCGGUCACUCUGCCUCGGAGAUAUCUCUUCCUCCAUGUCCUCCGUGCCGGAUGAUAAGUGGCUGUCCACUCUGGAGGGAACUCACUGGCUGGACUACACCAGGUGCUGUCUGAGAAAAGCUGCAGAAGUGUCCUGUUUGCUGCAGAGAGGUCAAUUAACCGUCGUUCUUCAAGAGCCAGAGGAUCGGGACAUGAACUGCGUGGUGUCCAGUCUGGUGCAGGUGAUGUGUGACCCUCACUGCCGCAGCGUUGCUGGAUUCCAGAGCCUCGUGCAGAAGGAGUGGGUGAUGGCUGGACACAGAUUCCUCAGCCGCAUCAACUACCACAGAGACAGCGACAAAGAGGAGGCUCCGAUCUUCCUGCUCUUCCUGGACUGUGUGUGGCAGCUGUGGGCUCAGUUUCCAGCCCGUUUCCAGCUGACUGAAGCCUACCUGCUGGCCAUUCAUGACAGCGUCCAGCUGCCUCUGUUCAACACCUUCCUGGCCAACUGUCAGAGAGAGCGAUGUCGCCGAUCACAGCACUUGGCUCCGAGCUACACUCCAGUAAAUGGGCUGAGAGAGUUGCCCCGAGGCUCGGCCGAGGAGCCGGUGGACCCUCCGUACCCCCCCGUGUGGGACUGGGCCCUGCAGUACAGCAGCCAGAGACGGGCGCUGUUCACCCAGCCUGUGUGCCAACCUGUUUCCCCUGCACCUGUUCUCAACGGCAACCUAAACACCAACCUGGAGCCCGAGUGGAGUGACAGUGCUUUAGGCUCAGUGUUCCUGCUCUCGCGUGGUGUCUUUUCCUGUCCUUCUAACCUGCUGCCGUGGAGAAGUGGAGGAGGUUCAGGUUCCUACAAAAAGAGCCACAACAGAGCUCCAUCCUGCGAGGGCCUUCCUGCUCUAGAGCGCCUGAUCAGAGCCGAACCGUUACCCUCCAGCCUCCACGAACCCCACGGGCCUCUGCUGCCCCUGCUCCUGGGGCCCUGCGUGCACAUCUGGAGGAACUGCUACCUGAGAGGGGCGCUGCAUGCGCAGGCUUUCACAUACCCGAUGUCGUCUAACACGAGGCACCCAGUGGAACAGCUGGCAUGGGAGGUGGAGAACCUGCGAGAACGCCUGGCCCAGGCCUCUACGGGCCGUCCUCCAAACCGCAAGAGACAGGAACACCGCCGCCUCGGCUCCAACCUCAACCAGAAUGCCAACAAUGGCACGUUCCUCUUCUCCUCUUCCUCCUCUUCUUCCUCUUCUUCUUCCUCUUCCUCCUCCUCCUCCACUUCCUCCUCCUCGUCCAGAAGCUCUCAUCAGGAGAGUCCGGGCCGUGUUUCCGGACGUUCCGGCUACAGCGACGGACCCAAACACACGUUCCUGUUCGGUCGCCCUGCCGCGAGUUCUAGUGCCAAACUGCCCAAGAGUAGUGGCUCGCUGGGGCACAAGCCUCGCUGAGCUUUAGGUAGGAGAAUUAAACCAUGCACAAGGGAUCAGAUUUUCUCACAGGACCAAGCGUUAGAAAUAUUCCACUGAAUACAAAGCACUUUCCUUUCCAUAAUCAGCACACAUCUCUGCCAUGGGGUAAAAUCUCGGUACUCCCAUUAGAGGAAAAAAGCACAGCAUUCUUUUAUCCUGAGUAUUUAAUACAGAGUAACUUCCAUGUAUAUAGGACUUAAUAUUAUAUAACUGCUAGUGGAGUGUGGUAGUGUGUAGUAUACACUGCUUUACAUAAGUAUUCACCCUCUUUGGACUUGUUUCAUGAAAUGAAGCUCGUGUGAAGCAUGCUGAUGGUAGCAUCAUGUUCAGAGCAAACCUCAGACUCUUGGUUGCACCUCACACUUUUGUUGGAAAUCCUCCUCUGGUGGUUGUGCCAUAUUGUUUUCAUUUCAAAAAACAGGUCUAAUGUUUAAUGUUUAAACCCCGAUUCAUCCUGUUCCAGAACUUUCUCCCAGAUCUCUCUUGGGUCUUCUGCUAGGUUAGCUAAAUGCUAAUUUAGGUGUGUUUAUAUCCAGAUCACAUGACCCUUUCAUUUCACUGAUUUUGCAAAUAAUGUCAGAGCAACUCAAGCACAACCAUCACGUUUUAUCUGUAAAUAACGCUACUGUUAUUUCUCCUUACUUUAUGAAUUCAGGCCUUUCAGUGUGUUUCGGUUCCUGGUGUAAGUGAAAGGGGGUGAAUAUUUAUGCACGGCACUGUAACAGUGACUAUUGUAGACGAUUUCAAGCACAUUUUCACUCCAUGCAGUAGGAUGUAAAAGGAUUUCAUCAUCAUUCCUCCUAACAGCUGCAUGUGAGCUGUGUUCAUGAGUUGUGUAGCCUUUUUACCAGUAAUUGUGCAGUUCAUGCCAAAUAUCUGCUUCCAAAGGGAAUUCUUUUUAUCUCCACUAGAUGGUGUGUGUGUGUGUGUGUGUGUGUGUGUGUGUGUACGUGUGUGUACGUGUGUGUGUACGUGUGUGUAUGUGUGUGUGUGUGUGUGUGUGUACGUGUGUAUGUGUGGUCCUUGAGGACUUAACCUGAAUAACAUGAACAGGUAAGAGGAGGAGGAAGAAGAGAAGGAGGUGUGUGUAUACAUGAGGUACAAUUCAGUGUGUGUGUUUAACGUUAUAUUACUUUAGUUCCAGUAUUAACUAUAAAAGGAAACACAAGUUGUCAUACAUUAUGUAAAUUAUUUAUGACUCUGUAAUUCAUGUUGUUUUUGCGUCAGAGUUCAGUGAGAGCUCCGAGUCCUGUGAUCAUACCCGGGGUGUGAGGCGGUGUGUGUACGGACCGGACGAUCAGACACACACCUUUAACCACCUAAUGUUUAACGAGUUUGUUUGUAUUGUCAUUUUUAUAUUUGUUCAUACUGCACAAAACUUUGGUACUUCGUCUUUCAGUGUCUCAGCAUACCUGCGUUUACACACACACACACACACACACACACACACACACAUAUAUAUAUAUAUAGAAGAGUCAAAAAGUCUGAGAGCAGCCUGAAAGCACGAAAUAAACAGAAUUCCAAACAUGAGGAAAUGUAGAAAGUCUUACAGAUUCAGUGUUCUACAUUUUUGCUCUGUUUCAAGGUCACUACUUAAACUUGAGAACAUUCGCGAUAUUGACCAUAUAAUCUCCGUCGCACAGAAAGGUCAGAUUUACUUCCAGCCUCGUCCUUCGAGGAUGCCUUCGAUCCGUCCGGUGCGUUACGGCGAACCGAACUGAAGAAAUCCAUGCAAAUAUAUCUACAGGUUCUGAUUUCAUAAUUGUGGUAUUAGUGCUCUACUCUCAGACUUUUGGACUACGCUGUAUAUUUAAAGAAACAACUAAACAUUUGUUUUGAUGAAGAUGAAGAUGAAGGUUGUGUAAAAUGCUGCCACUGUGUACAAAGAAAGAAUUUGUCACAUUUGUAUUAUCUUAGUUGUACUUGAAAUCCAGGAGAAAAGGUACUGGGCACUGUAACUCUUCAAUAAUGAUAAUGAUAAUGUGUUGUAGUAAAUAUAAAAUAUAAAAAAACGCA